CCCAGAUCAGUUGCGCUCGCCUGCUUCGCCGUCGCGGAUGUGCGUGUGUUUUUCGAACUGUAGGGGUGGUUUGUUUUCAAGCGUGUCGAUCGUAUUUUUUAUAAUUCGAAGCCGUCUGACGCUCACUCAGUCAACGGUAAAAGUGGUGGAAUUUGUUGACAGUUUCAUGCGUGCGGAAUUUACAAUGUCGACGGUUUUCUGCAAAAGUACAUAAAUAGUACGGACUGUAAACUAGCGUUGUUUUGGGAUUGAAUUAAAGAAUUACCAGUUGGGUUUCACAGUUUCAUCAAGUUUUUUGCCGCACGAGAGAACCCAAGACUGACCACACAAUUUAAACUUGCACUUGGCGAAUGGCAAAUGUCUAACGGGGGAGACUGGCCACAUCGUCGUCGACGCCGUUGUCGUCGUCUUCUGGAAUGCACCAAGAAGCCGUACAUGGUUGGGCAGCUGAUUUAUUGUGUUUAAUUAUCGCCGCUGGAUUGCCGCUGCCUAGUUGGCGGAACGUGACGUAGCCGAACCGUCGUCGGGACGGGAGCGAGCCAAGAAUCACGAUUUCCUUCGGAAGAAAACAACUCUGCAAUGGUUGAGAAGAAACCGGCAAAAUAUUUGCGGCGAGUGCUUGUUUCCGUUUGAGGUGUGUUGUCUAGCGAUAGAAGAAAAAAAAGCGGGGAAAAUAAGCUACAAGAAGCAAUAAGCGUGGCAAUGUAGAAAGUAGAAAAUGAUCAACAAGUGCAUUAUGGUGAAGGGAAUUCUGAAGAAACAGGUGGAAGUCGUGCGGUAACGAGACCGAAUGAAGUGUAUGGAAGUAAGCAAUAAAAGGCUGUAAAACAAAGCAAAAAAGUGCGUAUAUAGUGAAUUAAAUGUAGUUAAUGAGCGCUGAACAGAAGGGAAGAAAAAAAAGUGCACGAGUAAAAGAAGUCAAGUACGAGAAAGUCUGUCAAACACAACUAAAGGAGUCACAAACGAGAUGAAAGAGAAAAGAUUGCACUUGUCGAUCGUUGUUGCAUCGCCAAAAAUGCAUGCCCUACUUUUGUCGAUGGUGGCACUUGUGUGCUUUUUGCCGAUCGAAGCCGCUCAACGGCAACCGGUCUACAUCAACAAGUGCUGCCGGGUUGGCGAGUAUUACGACAAUUCUGCGCAACUGUGCGUGGUCGGAGGUAUAGAGAAGUGGGUCCCGAAGGUGUUUCUGCCGGCAAAGAAUCAACUUUACACCGACGUGGGUAACGCUCCAGUUCACAUGAAAUUCCUGGAAAACAAAAGGCCCGAGGGCUGUAAAGUGACUGCGUACACCAGCGACCAGAUUCUGCUGAUGGGCAAUGGGUCGCUGUUCCUGAGUCAGAAACAUUCGCUCAUAUCGUCACCGGAGUAUUGCGUGGACGAGAAAGUGGCACUGGUUUGCGCCCGAGACAAUGGAAUGGACUCACUGCAAGCGCCGGAGAAAACGAGUACGGUUUGGCGCUGUUGCGGUCCGAAUUUUGCCUACGACCGGGUGAAUCAGACCUGCGUCAAGCUGGAUCAGUCACACAUGAGCUACAGUGCGAAAAUUGUUGCAUCGACGCAUGUGGAUCUGAGCUUUCGCUUUCCGGACUGCAAAGAGCACGUGAUAGCCGGGAUUUUCAAACCAGAUAACCUGCAGGAAGAUACCGGAUCGGUGACGAUUGAUUCGGGCAAGAUUUUUGCGUCGCAUGAGUACUGCUUGGAGCAAGCGCUGGAUGGGAAAACGGUUUACGUGUUUUCCUGCUCGGAGCACUUGCAGCCGGAUUCGGUGCCGAUCAAGAAUCAGGACGUACGAUUCGCACUAUAUGCGGCCGGGUUACUCGUUUCGGUGAUUUUUCUUGGAGCGACCCUCGCCACCGGUUACUUGGUCACUUCGCAGCAUCACGUUCUGCACUGGCGCUGUCAGACGCACUACGUUGCGUGUCUGCUGAUUGGUGAUCUUUUCCUGGCCAUCGUCCAGCUGUCCGGAAACACGAUAACCGGUCCGGCGUGCACAAUGAUAGCUAUCAUCGUUCACUUCUUCUUCCUGGCGGCCUUUUUCUGGCUCAAUACAAUGUGCUUCAACAUUUGGUGGACUUUCCGUGAUUUACGCCCGACGUCGCUGGAAAAGAGCCAGGAGAUUUGCCGGCUGCGCAUCUACGAAGUGUACGCCUGGGGUGUGCCGCUGGUCAUCGCCGGAGUCGCAGCAAUUUUGGACAACCUGCCGGACACUGUAUAUCUGAGGCCGAGAUUUGGCGAACGGACGUGCUGGUUCUACGGUGAUCUGGAGAUACUGACCUACUUCUUCGGACCGGUGGGCAUCUUACUGUGCAUCAAUUUGCUGCUGUUCGCCUCCACUGCGCGCCAGUUGACCUGUGGCCUGUGGAAGCGAGACGACGUCAAGUCCACAACGGAACGCCGCGGUCUGGUUUCUUCUCCCUCUUACAGCGCUGCCCUGGGUCGUGUCUGCAUGAAGCUGGUCGUCGUCAUGGGGGUCACCUGGGUCGCCGAUGUGGCCAGCUGGGUGUUCGGCGGACCGGACUACAUCUGGCUGGUGACGGAUCUGAUCAACGCACUGCAGGGGGUGUUCAUCUUCAUCGUCGUGGGCUGUCAACCGCAGGUCUGGUCCGCGAUGAAGCGCCUCUGGAACUCGAAGACGGGCCGCUCGUUCACCAACACCACCCACGGUCCGCAGCACUCGAGCUCUUCCCAUGGGCUGCCAUCUAUGGGAGAGUCCAUUACGAAUAACACCUGCACCAACAAUACGACCACGACGACCAACUCCCAGACCAACCGGGUGCCCAUGGAAACGGUCUGCUAGGUCCCCGAUGAUCACAGCGAAGCGGUCACGCACAAGGUAACGCAGUUUGGUCGUUCGACCGAAGAAGGCCUGGGAUGUCUUUCGACGUUGGAAUAGAUUGGAAUUUUAAAAGGAAUCGAACUUUGACUGGUAGGCUAGAUGCUUCCACUAAUGUCAGCAGUUUUUUUUUUUGAGAAAUUUAGAACGCAUUUACAACAAUACUGCCAAUAUGAGUAUAGCUUCAUGUAUGUAAACAAGAAAGAUUGAUGAUUGGAUUAAAGAAUUGCAAUCCGAUGAAGAAAAACUUGACAAAAUUGGUAAUAUCCUAUGUUAACUUAUCUUGUACAUAUUUGUUUUAUUAAAGCACCUGCUUCGUUUCCUACAGCGCUUUCUGUAUAUUUCUGAAAUGUGAUCGCUUACGUUAAACAACUAUUAGUUUUCUAUCAGCAAAAUUUAAAGCUUUAAUUAGUAGGUUAAUAUUUUUCCUUCUUCGCUCACUGAUGAGUUUGUGAAUACAAACUCAUUGCAGUUGUCCUUUCCUUACUUACCUCUACCGUUGCAUAUGUUAAUCUUUCUUCUAUGUACAUAUUGUAAUAUUUAUUCAUUGUUUUCUGUUUAAGUUAAGGAUGUCUCUGCCAAUGAUGCAUGAAUUGCUAUGAUAACCGACUGAACAUGUAGCAAACACUACACUUAGUAUAGACCAAACGAGAACAAAUAGAAUCAGCUAUUCGCAAACUUAGUAGGGUCGUAAUAUUUUGAGAUGUAGCUAUUGUGUAGGACGAAAGUCAGAUCAUUCUUCGGACGUGUUUUGGAACCAUUUUAAACAGUCGUUAGUAUUUCGGGAUUUUAGGUGUUUUAGAGAAAUAUAUUAAUAUAAUGUCGAAAUUAACAAACAGCAGCUAGCAGCGCCAGCAAACCGAUUUGUAAUUCUUUGGCAGCGAUCAAUAAUGUAAGGGCCCACCGGUGACGUCAGUCGUAUGGAUAACAUAAUUGAAGGCAUAUUCUCAGCCAAUGAUCCUGCAGUAGUCGAAACAAGUACAAUACAUUUAGAAGCUGUAACAAAACACCACUGUCUCUUCACUAGUCGUGAAAACGAAACUCUUAUCAGUAUAUACUCACUACGCGAAAUCAACUCCUUCAGUAGUUAUUUCAAUCUUUCCACUAUACGCCUUUUUCUCUUGGAACUUAGAUGAAUUUAAAUCCCUUCACUAUCGAUAAUCUUCACGCUUCACUUAGAAACGAUUUUCAUUGAAAGAAUCAACUGAACGCAUCUUCAAUCAAUUCAUACAUAUACAGUAUUUGCAGUCCCUGGACGAAAUAAUUAGUGUAGGACUAAUAUGAGCGGAACAGAAAGUAUAUAAUCAUGAAGAACAAAUGUAACACGUGCUAUGACUAACUUUUAAACGUCCGGAAAAUGAAAAUAAAAACAAAGAAUGUCGCUAAAAAUGUAUUCAUAAACAGCAUGGUUAUAAACGCGUAUAUACAAACAAACUAGAUUGUAGAUCAUGUGAACAUUAACAACCUUCGAAUUAGUGCGCUACAAUACACAAUAAUAACAGUUUUACACACCAACACCUAACUAGACGCUCUAAGCACCUUCUAAGCAGUAGACCAAAAUUGAAGCAGACUCGAAUGCAUACAAACGAACAAUAAUGAUUAAUAAUUAUUAGUAUAGGGUACCUUAUGUAGUGGAAAUGGAAACGCUACUGUCGUUGUCCAAAUAAAUUCUACAAUUCAAAACAAACAGAACAAA